UCAAAACAUUGUGAACCGAAUCAUAUGGAUUAGGAAAAAAAUGAGUAUAAGUAUUUAAGUUAAAUAAGGAAAUAGUGAAAUAUAUUUCACAGAAAAAACAUACGAUUGAUGAUUUAUAACAAUGCCUAAGGAACAAUAUCGCGAAACAUAUGUUGGGAGAAAAAUAUCUCAUGUCACAUUUAAUGUGGACAGCGCUUCAAAUAUACAACAGGCUGCGCACAUUCAAGUUAUAACGAAGAACUUGUACGCUCAGGAUGGACAAAGAGUUCCCGCUGUUUAUGGUGUACUUGAUAGACGAAUGGGGACAAAUCAAAAGCAUGCAGAUUGUGAGACAUGUGGUUUGGGUCUGGCGGAGUGUGUGGGUCACUAUGGAUACAUAGAGCUGGCAUUGCCUGUCUUUCAUGUUGGAUACUUUUCUUCUAUCAUUACAAUCUUGCAAACUAUAUGUAAGGAUUGUGCAAAAGUAAUGUUACCAGAAAAAUUAAAGAAGUCAUUCCGACGUAAAUUCAAUAAUCCAGAACUAUCAUAUUUACACAAGAAGACUUUGAGAGCAGCUGUAAUAAAAAAGGCAAAAACUUGUAACAAAUGUCCUUAUUGUGAAUCAUUGAAUGGCAUUGUUAAGAAAAGUCCUACUGGAAUACUGAAAAUUAUACAUGAUAAGUACAGGAAUAAAAAAUCUACGGAUCCUAUUGUGUUGAAUGUCCUGAAAGACUUCAGUGAAGCCAAGGAAUUGAAUAAAGAGGUUGCGGCAAUGAUUAAUAGUGGACUGAUUAUUGAAUUAACUCCAUUGGAGGUGUUGAAUUUAUUUAGACGUAUCCCCGAUGAGGACAUCCCUCUACUAGGUAUGAAUGUGAAAGCUUGUCGACCGGAAGAUUUGAUUCUAACACGUCUACCUGUGCCGCCGCUUUGUAUACGGCCUAGUGUUAUCUCUGAUAUUAAAGCUGGCACUAAUGAAGAUGAUCUAACAAUGAAGCAGUCGGAGAUAUUGUUGAUAAAUGACGUGAUCGGUCGUCACAUUGCUAGCGGUGGCAAGAGUGAACUGCUGCAGGAAGAUUGGGACUAUUUGCAGUUGCAUGUAGCGUUAUAUAUCAACAGUGAAAUGUCUGGCAUACCAAUGUCCAUGCAGCCCAAAAAACCUGGUCGAGGAUUGGUACAACGACUCAAGGGCAAACAGGGACGAUUCCGAGGCAAUUUGUCUGGAAAACGAGUGGAUUUUUCUAGCCGUACUGUCAUCUCGCCUGACCCUAACUUGCAAAUUCAAGAGGUUGGUGUACCAGUUCACGUAGCCAAGGUACUGACGUAUCCGGAGCGGGUGUUCCCUGCCAACAUACAGUGGUUGAGACAACUGGUCUGCAACGGCCCCGACAUACAUCCCGGAGCUAACUAUGUACAGCAACGCGGACUGCGACACAAGAAGUACCUUAAGUACGGCAACAGAGAGAAGAUCGCACACGAGCUUAAGUGCGGUGAUAUAGUGGAGCGGCAUCUGGUGGACGGUGACGUGGUGCUGUUCAACCGUCAACCCUCGCUUCACAAGCUGUCCAUCAUGUGUCAUCGUGCACGUGUUCAGCCGCAGAGGACCUUCCGUUUCAAUGAGUGUGUGUGUACGCCGUACAAUGCGGACUUUGAUGGUGACGAGAUGAACAUGCAUCUGCCUCAGACUGAGGAGGCCAGGGCAGAGGCACUCAUACUCAUGGGGAACAAAUCAAACCUGGUGACACCACGUAACGGAGAGCUGCUGAUAGCGGCUACUCAGGACUUCAUCACCGGCGGGUACCUGAUCACUCAGCGGGACACGUUCCUCACGAAGGCGGAGGCGCAGCAGCUGGCCAGCUGUCUGCUGGCUGGACCUGACAGCACCAUGAGGAUCGACAUGCCUCCGCCCGCUAUACUCAAGCCCAGGGUGCUCUGGACCGGCAAACAGAUAUUCAGUUUGAUAAUGAAACCCAACAAGCAGUGCGAGGUGAAGGCGAACCUGGAGGUGAAGGGCAAGAACUACACCAGCAACAGAGAUAUGUGCGUUCAGGACUCCUAUGUAAUAAUAAGAAAUUCCGAACUACUUUGUGGUUCAAUGGACAAGAGUACAUUAGGUUCCGGUACUAAGACCAGCAUCUUCUAUAUUCUGCUGCGUGAUUGGGGCGAGGAGUACGCUGUUAGGGGAAUGUGGAGAUUAGCUCGUAUGGCGUCAUAUUAUAUGAUGAACAGAGGCUUCAGUUUUGGUAUUAUCGACGUAACACCGGGAAAGAAACUUAUUGAGGCCAAGAAUAAACUGCUAGAGUCCGGGUAUUCUAAAUGCGAUGGAUACAUCCUGGAGAUGGAGAAGGGUACGCUGCAGUGUCAGCCUGGCUGCACCGUGGAGGAGACCCUCGAGGCUGUCAUGCUCAGCGAGCUCAGCAGCAUCAGAGAAUUGGCAGCAAAGGCUUGUUUCCGUGAACUACAUCCGACCAAUGCACCGCUAAUUAUGGCGCAGAGUGGCUCUAAAGGUUCCAAUAUAAACAUAUCUCAGAUGAUAGCGUGUGUCGGUCAGCAGGCGCUCAAUGGCAAGCGUGUACCAAACGGCUUCGAGGACCGCUCUCUGCCACACUUCGAGAGACAUUCUAAGAUUCCAGCGGCGCGUGGUUUUGUUGAGAACAGUUUCUAUUCGGGUCUGACUCCGACUGAAUUCUUCUUCCACACGAUGGGAGGUCGCGAGGGACUCGUCGACACCGCUGUCAAGACCGCGGAGACUGGCUACUUGCAGCGCAGACUGGUCAAGUCUCUAGAAGACCUGGUGCUGCAGUAUGACAUGACGGUGCGCAAUGCAACAGGCGAGGUGGUGCAGUUCCGCUACGGGAGUGACGGUCUCGACCCCAGCUGUAUGGAGGGGAAAGACCGACCAGUAGACCUCGCGAGAGUACUCAACCACGUCCGUGCACAGUGUCAUGCCCGUGAGGAAGAACCACUGGAUGGUGAUGGUAUUGUGGUAGCAGCGGAGGAGACGCUCGCGCUGGAUGACUUCAAGACCUGUCCUGAAUAUUUCAAGAAGGAACUGCUUGCAUUCCUGACUACGGUAGCGGACAAAGUGCGUGCAUUACGCAGUAGGUACGCAGGUUGCGGGGGCGUAGCCCUGCAGGCGGAGCGCCUCACUUUGCCGCAGCUGGUGCGCUUUGUGCGCGUCUGCCACGACAAGUACCAGCGAGGAGUUAUAGAACCCGGUACCGCUGUCGGCGCUCUCGCAGCACAGAGUAUUGGAGAACCUGGUACUCAGAUGACUUUGAAGACAUUCCACUUUGCUGGCGUGGCUUCCAUGAACAUAACACAGGGUGUACCACGUGUCAAAGAGAUCAUCAAUGCUUCACGCUGCAUCUCCACUCCCAUCAUCACAGCAGAGCUGGUCAAGCCAUAUGACCAGGAGUUCGCCAGGAGGGUGAAGGGACGCGUCGAGAAGACUACGCUCGGGGAAAUAACAACAUACAUAGAUGAGGUGUAUCUACCCAGCGAGUGUUUCCUCUUGAUCCGGUUGGAUGCUGAGCGGAUCAAGUUGCUCAGUCUCGAGGUCAACGUGCACACUAUUAUAUAUUCUAUAUGUACGUCAAAGAUAAAGUUGAAGUCAUCAAAUGUGAUCGCGGUGUCGGAGUGGGCGGUGAAGGUGGUGGGGGAGGCGGGGCGAGGGGGAGGGGGAGGUCUCAAUGUGGUGCUGCAGCAGCUCGCCCGUCAGCUGCCCUCUGUAGUGGUGCAGGGUCUGCCCAAGGUCUCCAGAGCGGUCAUCGCCUGUGAUGACACUAAAAGUGCCAACAGGUACAAAUUGUGUGUAGAAGGAGAUGGUCUGAGAGAUGUUAUAGCUACGUAUGGCGUGGACGGAACUAAGACAACUUCGAACAAUAUUCUCGAGGUGUUCAACACGCUGGGUAUCGAGGCGGCGAAGUCUACAAUAAUAAGUGAGAUCCAGGCUGUGAUGGCUGGUCACGGUAUGGCAGUAGACCGGCGUCACGUGGAGCUGCUGGCUGCGCAGAUGACGGCGCGCGGGGAGGUGCUCGGCAUCACAAGAUACGGUCUCGCGCGAAUGAAGGAGUCUGUGCUCAAUCUCGCCAGUUUCGAGAAAACAGCUGAUCAUUUAUUCGAUGCGGCGUAUUACGGUCAACGGGAUUCGAUAGAGGGCGUGUCGGAGUCUAUCAUAGUGGGGGUACCCGCAGCUAUCGGCACCGGAUGUCUGCAGCUGCUGCACAAACACGCACAACACGUCGAACACGCUGAACACGUGAAACACGCUGAACACGUGAAACACGCUGAACACGUGAAACACGCUGAACACGUGAAACACGCUGAACACGCCGUGCCCCAAACAAGACCAUUGUUAUUUGAUGAUCCAAAAUAUCACACUUCGAUAUGGGAAUAA